AUGCCUUCAUUCUUGAUUACUGGCGCAAGCCGUGGCAUCGGACUCGGUUUUGCCGCUGAACUGCUGAAAGACACAAACAACACAGUCAUCGCCACUGCCAGGAACACCGCCAAUGCAACUGGCUUGCAGGAGCUCAAGGCUCAGAGCAAGGAUGACCGACUCGUCCUCCUCGACCUUGACGUUUCAAAGCUCGAGAGCAUUCAAGCAGCUGCCAAGAAGGUAGAGCAACUACUCCCUGAUGGGCUGGAUAAUCUCAUCAGCAACGCCGGUGUGAGUUAUAGUCCGGCGAAGACGUUCGAGGAACUGAACAUUGAAGAUUACACGGCCGAGGUGACAUUCACAGUCACCACGCCACUCAUGCUGAUGCGCGAGUUUCUUCCACUGCUCCGAAAAGGCGAGGCAAAAAAGGCCCUGUUUGUCACCUCUAUUCUGGGCUCAAUUGCGACAGCCGCGCAUCUGAAAAACCUCAUGAACGCAUACUCCGUCGCCAGAGCCGGCUUGAACAUGUUGAUCCGCAAGUGGUCGCCAAUGCUUAAAGACGAAGGAAUAACUGCUGCUCUGAUCCACCCUGGUUGGGUUAACACCGAUAUGGGUGAUCAAAUCACAGAAUGGGUUAUGCAGAACAAUCCAACCCUAGAGAAUCUGUCCACCGAGAAGUCGGCUGCUGAGUGCCUGAAGGUUCUGCAGGGCAUGACCACCGAAGAUGCGGGCACCUACUUCAGCUAUGAUGGCACGAAACUUCCUUUCUAA